AUGGCGGCCUCCGCGUGGGCAGCCCUGGCGCUGAUGAUCUGCGUGGCGUGCCGAGGCGUCUGGGCAUCGGGCGGCGGCGCCUCAGGGUCCCAAGUUGCGGAGAAUGGUAUAAAUUGGGAGGAUGCGGCUGCACUGCAGAGACAGCUUUUAAUCGCGGAUGGGCGGGAUGCCCCUUGUGAGAUGACCCGGCGCUUCCCGUACAUGGCGUCACUGCGAAACGCGAACGGCACCCAUGCAUGCGGUGCAGUACUGGUGGACUCCCUAUGGCUGGUCACAGCGGCCCACUGCGUCGACCCACAGGCCAGAAAUACUGUUGGACGGACGCCUGUGGCUGUUAUAGGUGCUUGCCAACUCGAAGACGCAGAAAAUGAUGAUGAAGCUGAGGUGGUGCAGGUGGAGACGUCAAUAAUGCACCCCAUGUACACAGGCGAUCUCCUAAAUGGCUACGACGUCGCCUUGCUCAAGUUGAGUGAGGCGUCAGAGAAAAGCUUCCCAGUGCUACCAGAGAAAGAUGACGACACGCUGAGCAGUGAAAACCUGGUGGUGCUGGGGUGGGGCCAGCAGAGGGAUGGGACGAUGGCAGACUUCCUGCAGAUGGCGGAUGAAGUGGACAUCAUACCACCUGUGUUGUGCACCAGUAGUGAUUCAUGGGGGUCCUUCAUUGAUCCGGACCAGAUGAUCUGUGCCAUGGGGUUCCAGGGUCAAGAUGUCUGCACUGGCGACGGUGGUGGUCCACUUGUCUCUGCUUUUGCUCCAGAGGGUGUCAUUGAGGAUGGCGUUCCUGUGGUGGACAUUGUGCUCGGGGUGGUGUCUUUUGCAGAGGCCGACAAAGCCUGCGGGGAGCAAAAAUUGCCAACGGUGUUUGCGAGGCUGAGCGGGGUCCGCGAAUGGAUCGUCAGCACCAUGGCGACGCGAUGA